AUGCUUAGAACGACAAGAUCGAUCUCGUUGUUGAGACCAACGGUAACAAGUGUGGUUCCAACUCAAGCUGAACUCACUAGCUCUAAUGUGGACUCCCUUUUCUCGGACGAGGUUACUGAUACUACUCGGGUUCGGGUCCUUGGACAACCUCCAACGUUAGCAUCUUUGGUCGUACCACCCUCAAUCGCGCUCUAUGUGCGGAAGGGAUGUCUCACAUCACUGCAUGGUUCGCCAUCGAUCAAUAUGUCCUAUGAAUGGAUAGGUUUCUGGUCCAAUUUGUUACGUUACGGUACGUUGAAACCAGCAAUUUAUCAUAAACUGAUUUCUACCACCAAGUUCGAUGCGCUAGUGGCUCCAAAUUUCCUGUCAAACCGUUUGGGACCUCGCUUGGGUCUAUCCUCAUCGCCUUUCAGAACUCUGUGCCUGCUCAAUCUUGACGGUACUUCCGAUUGGAACGUGUGGGGUAAGAAUUCCAUUGUCGCUUUUGAGGGAAACACAAGUCUCGAGCUGAGACCUCCACGUCUAAACUUGUUCAGGAAUCCAUUAUUCUCCUCGAAGUAUCUAGUGCUCAAGGGUCGUGGUAAUGUCCUGCUCAGUGGAUCUGGAUCUGUCUAUACUAUCCAGUUGAAAGAUGCAAGUGAUGAGAUUAUACUAAGAUCCGAACAUCUGCUGGCAUUGAAUGGGUCUACGCAAUUGGACAUCAACGAAAGCAUCACCGAGCAGAGUCUCAUUCCGCAGGAAGAAGUGAAAAAAGUAGUAGAACCUUUUAGAGAAUUCGAUAUUAAGAUGUUCUUUCAAAUUUCUCGUGACUUAAUUGCCACUCUAUGGAACCGUUCCAAGUCCAUUUACUCCUACUUGAAAAAUGGUCCAACUAAAUUCCUCAAGAUCAAGGGCCCAAGAACACUUUUGGUACAAAGCUCUUUCAAUGUCUACCUCCCAGCAUCCAAUGUUAACCCAGGCGUAACCACUGCGGCAAAGCUGACCACUCAACCCUCUAAGGACUACUUGAACUACGUUUCUGUCUCCAACAAUGGCCAGGUCGACUUCCAAAGCACAGCGGAUUUUCAGCAAUCAGUCGACAGGAUCAAAUCUUUGGUUAAGAAAUAA